AUGCCUGGAAGAAACUCUGGUAAAGAUCUUGAGGAACUUGAAUAUACAACUGAGUGUUUGAAAGAGAUGAGUAAAAAUAGAGAAGCUAGCCAAAAAAUUAUUACCAGUCAAGAUUUAACUGACCGCUUGGUAAUGCUGGAUAACUCUGGAAACCGCAGUAUUUCGGAAAAUCAGCAGGAGUGUCAAUUUGGGUCUAGAACCCUCUGCUUCCCCCAUUGGUUCCAGUAUGACAACUGUCUGGGAACUCUCGCAUCUUUUGUCUCUUUGAAAGGAAAUUUAGAUGAGAAGAUGACUCGUCAUUUUACUAUUCAAAUUUUAGAAGGUGUCAAUUACUUGCAUCAAAAAGACAUUUGCCAUAGGGAUAUUAAAGGUAACAGCAUCUUGAUGGAAGAUGACAUGAAUAUUAAGUUAACAGAUUUUGGAAUUGCUGAAUUUAUUAAUGGCAAUGGAAUGGUAACAGAGAAAGGAACAGUGCGUUAUAUGGCUCCAGAAGUGAUGAGUGUCGGCUGCACUGUGAUGGAAAUGUUGACAGGAAAACCACCCAACUCGUCACUUCCGACACCAAAUGUUGUCUUCAGAACUGUUAUGGGAGAGCCACCUCAUUACCAGCUGUCUCCAGCAUCAUCAGUUAACUUACUGGAGUUUUUAGACAAGAUUUUACACCUCCAGCAUCAUCAGUUAACUUACUGGAGUUUUUAG